UCGAAGUCUCGAUUGCUUGAUGGACAGCUAGCUGUCUCCAGCAUUGGCAAUCCUCCUCCUCGGAGCUUUAAAACCCUCCGAUCCGCUCGGUCCCCAAAUUUCCCCACUCCCACGCCUCGAUCCCCUCGUCGGGCUCCAAAUUCGCACCUCUCCACGCCUCGAUCCUUUCGCCGGCGCCGCCAGUAUGCUGCUACCAGAGCUGAGCGCUGGCAUCUCCCGCGCGCUGGCGGGGCUGACCGAAUCCAACGUCACCCACUCCCUGGAUGAGAUAUGUGCAGCCCUUAAGAAGGCAGAGGUCCGGCCGGAGAUGGCCCUCGGCCUGCGAUCCAGGCUAGACGAGCUCGUCCGCCUCGAGUCCCGUGGCGACUUCACCGCAACACGACUUGCAAUCUCACAGGGUCUGUUUCACGAAUUGUGCAAGGUAUUUCACGCGGGAAUACCAGCAUUCGCGCCGGAGAAGGGGAAGAUCUCCGUGAUACUCUUCGUUGGCCUAAAAGGGUCUGGGAAGGAAGGCAUAGCCAUAAAAUAUGGUGAGUACUACAAGGUCAGGGGAUUUUCACCCGCUCUUGUUUGUGCUGGAAGGUUCACAGCUGGUGUAUUACAUGAGUCAAGGCGGUGCGCGGAGAAGGCAGGCAUACCCUUUCAUGGAAGUGAUCCAGAUUGUCUGAAGGUUGCACAUGCUGGGCUCACAAGAUUUAAAGGAGACUCCGAUUUGAUCGUUGUUGAUGUCCCUGCGCGCCAUGAGCAGGAGGCUGAUCUCUUUGAUGAGAUGCUUCAAAUUGCUGAAAACAUAAAACCAGAUCUGUUGGUAUUUACAAUGGAUGGCGCUAUUGUUUUCUCGGAGAGUGAACUGUGUGAUUGCAAAGAGUGUCUGAAUACCAACUACUAUCAAGGUGGAUCCGACGAUGAGCGAGAUUCGUCGAUAUGUUGUGGGUCAUGUGCUUACAUUCCAACAUGCUCUCACCGUGGAGUAGUUGAGGCCCUUUUGUUCUAACCUUUUCCGUUGCAGCUUUGAAACAUUGUUUUAUGAUAUUGAAACAGUAAUUGAUUAUGCUGGCCCAAGAGGUCAUGCGAGGUUGUAAGUAUUAUUUAAAUUCUGGAUGAUGCGAUGUAAUAAAUUACUUUUGACCUU